CUCGGCUUGUAUGACUUGAGCUCCAGAGUUCACUAUGAAUAGCAUAACAGGCCUAUGUGAUGGUCAACAGUGAUCCUCAGGUAAGUUUAGAGUGAAGAAUUGAGUUUUUGGUUAAGGUUGGGAAGGAUAGGAAAGAACUUAUUCUAGCAAUUUUAGGUCAAUUUUAUUCGAAAUCUGCAAAAUCUUGUGUUGAUUGUGGAGCCAGCUGAUCAUAUCAAUGAGCAUAUCAGAAAAGUUGCUAUACUUGUUCACCUGGAGAGUAUUUUGAUUUAGACACAUUCUCGUGUGUCUCAGUGUGUGAUCUAAGCACUCAGGUUGCUAUUGAUGAUACUAAGUUAGGCGGAAUUCCUCUUUGUAGAAGCUUUAAUUAUUACGUCAAUCCACUAAGCGAUAGUACUACAGAGUUAGGAACUUUAGAACAUCCUUACAAAGAGCUGAAUUCUGUGUUUUUAGAACUGUUCCUCUUUCAUUCCCAUUCAGAUAGGCAAAUUACGAUCAAUUUGUUUGAAGACACUACAAACUAUGUGAAAGAAGGAACUUAUUUAAUUGAGUUAAAUAAAGUGACGAUAAGGUCUUAUCCAAUUGGAGAAUCUAAGAUGCGAAAAGCAAAGAUUGUCGGAAUUGAGAAAGAAAGCAACAAAGCUCCAUCUUUGUUACCUUCAAAGUUUAUUUUAUUGAGCUCCUCUGUAGUCGAUUAUUUGAGCGAGAUUUCAGCAGAUUCUCAAAUUUCUCCUGAAGAUAAAGAUUUGGUACUGAAUCUAGGAAACGGUAUCUUGUAUUGAUUUAAGACCAGCCUCCAGCUUGAUGACUUGUACAUAUCUACUGAGUACUCAAGCAUUGGCAUCAGCAAAGUAUUUUUGAAUCCUAUCCAACUGUUGGAAAGGAAAAUUUCAGUAGCAUCCUCAAAAAUUUUGCAUGAAGGAAGAUUCUUACACAGUUCCCAACAAAUGAGUUUAGAAGUGAUCAAUUCUGAAUUCGAUUUAUAUAAGUCUAAGGGAGGUUUCAAUCUCGUGCUUUCAUGCAUACAAGGACAGGAGAAGCUGCCAAUCUCGACUCAUAUUUCAAAUUCGAAGUUUUACUUCUCUCAAGAUCCUCCUGAUAGUUUGACAACAAAUUUUCCUCCAUUUGUACAGAAUGGUGGGCAUGAUGUCUUUGUAGAGAAUGUUACUCUGAUGUUUUAUGGAGAUAGUGGAGCAAAUGGCUUCAAUUUCCUACUGAGGCCAGAUCAAACAUGAGACUCUGUAGAUAUGACACAGAGGACAAUCAGCCUCAAAGAUAUUAGAAUUGACAGUGAUCCUUCUUGGGGAUAUGAACCCGAAGAUAUGUACUUUGGAGUACAUUUGAGGUAAAUCAGAGAUUAAAUUUGAGCACUCAAUUGAGUCUCUUUACCCAGGAAAA